AUGGCCAGCCUCAGCCGCGGGGUCACGGUCGCACUGCUGGGGAUCUUACUGCUGGGCGCCGCGCGCCUGCCCCGCGGAGUGGCUUAUGAGAUUGAUCUGCCACGUGGAAGCGGCAUCACAGUCCUCCUGAAGCCUGGGACCCAGGCUCUGCCAGCAAAACUCUGUUACAUCAUGGCUAAAAGAUGGGAAACCACUCUGUCCAUCAAAGCCGGAGAGAAAAAGGUCUUUUCCUUUAGCUGCCAGGAUCCACAUAAUUACUUCGUUAUUGAGAUCCAAAAGAACAUUGACUGCGUGUCAGGCCAGUGUCCCUUUGGCGAGGUUCAUCUUCAGCCUUCCACGUCGGUGUUGCCCACACUCAACAGAACCUUCAUCUGGGACAUCAAAGCGAGCAAGAACAUCAGUCUCGAGCUGCAGUUCUCCCUGUCACGCCUGAGGCAGAUUGGGCCGUUGGAGGACUGCCCGGAUGGAGUCACUCACCGUAUCAGUGGCCGCGUCGACGCCAGCACGAUGGUCAAGAUCGGAACCUUCUGUGGCAAUGGCACUGUGUCCCGGAUCAAGAUGCAAGAGGGAGUGAACCUGGCUUUGGAUCUGCCGUGGUUCCACAAGAGAAACGUCUCUGGCUUCAGCAUCGCAAACCGCUCGUCGAUAAAACGCCUCUGCAUCAUCGAGUCUGUGUUCGAGGGUGAGGGCUCGGCCACUCUGAUGUCCGCCAACUACCCGGCCGGCUUCCCCGAGGACGAGCUCAUGACGUGGCAGUUCGUCAUCCCCGCGCCCUUGCGGGCCAGUGUCUCCUUCCUCCAGUUCAACGUCUCCAACUGCGUGAAGAAGGAGGAGCGAGUGGAGUACUACAUUCCAGGCUCUACCACCAACCCCGAGGUGUUCAAGCUGGAGGACCAGCAGCCCGGGAACAUGGCCGGGAACUUCAACCUCUCUCUGCAGGGCUGUGACCAAGAUGCCCAGAAUCCAGGCAUCCUCCGGCUGCAGUUUCAAGUUUCCGUCCAGCAUCCACAGAAUGAUAGCAAUAAAACCUACGUGGUCGACUUGAGUAAGGAGCGAACCAUGUCGCUGUCCAUCGAGCCACGGCCCAGCAAACUGAAACGCGAGUUUGUCCCCGGCUGCUUCGUGUGCCUGAACUCUCGGACCUGCAGCACCAACCUCACCCUGACAGCUGGCUCCAAACACAGUAUCUCCUUCCUCUGUGAUGAUCUCACACGCCUGUGGAUCAACGCUGAGAAAACCAUAAGCUGCUUGGACCACCGGUACUGCCACAGGACGCGCUACUCGCUCCAGCUGCCACAGUUCAUCUUCCAGCUGCCCGUGCAGCUGCACGACUUCACCUGGAAGCUGCUGGUGCCCAAGGACAGGCUCAGCCUGGCGCUGGUACCAGCCCAGAAGCUGCAGCAGCACACGCACGAGAGAGUCUGCAACACCAGCUUCAGCUACCUGGUGGCCAGCGCCGUGCCAGGCCAGAACCUUUACUUCGGCUCCUUCUGCUCUGGAGGGUCCAUCGAGCAGAUCCAGGUGAAGGAGAACAUCUCGGUGACCCUCCGCACCUUUGCCCCCAGCUUCCAACAAGAGAGCGCUAAGCAGGACCUGACUGUGUCCUUUAUCCCCCACUUCAAAGAAGAAAGUGUCUUCACAGUGACCCCAGACACGAAAAACAAGAUCUACCUGCGGACCCCUAACUGGGACCGGGGCCUGCCGUCCCUCGCCUCGGUGUCUUGGAACAUCAGCGUGCCCCGCAACCAGGUGGCUUGCCUGACCUUCCUCAAAGAGCGAACAGGUGUGGUCUGCCAAACCGGGCGUGCAUUCAUGAUCAUCCAAGAGCAGCGGGCCCAUGCCGAGGAGAUCUUCAGCCUGGAGGAGGAGGUGCUGCCCAAGCCAAGCUUCCGCUAUCACAGCUUCUGGGUCAACAUCUCCAACUGCAGCCCCAUGAGCGGGAAGCAGCUAGACCUGCUUUUCUGGGUCUCGCUUACCCCAAGGACCACAGACCUGACUGUCAUCAUUCUCGCGGUGGUGGGAGGUGGCGCCUUACUGCUGUUUGCCCUUGGAUUCAUCAUAUGCUUCGUGAAAAAGAAUAAGAAAAAGAAGAUCACCAAGGGCCCAGCCGUAGGCAUCUACAAUGGGAACGUCAACACCCAGAUGCCAAUGCAGCCGAAGAAGUUUCAGAAAGGGCGCAAGGACAACGACUCGCACGUGUAUGCCGUCAUUGACGACACCAUGGUAUAUGGGCAUCUUCUGCAGGAUGCCAGCGGGUCCUUCCACCAGGCAGAGGUGGACACCUACCGGCCCUUCCAGGGGCCCACGGGGGACUUCCCUCCCUCUCCACCCCCCACAAACUCCAGGGCCCCGACCGUCAAGCUGGCCACAGAUGAGCCGCCCCCUGGCUCCCCUCCUGAGUCUGAGAGCGAACCGUACACCUUCUCCCACCCCAAAGACGGGAAGGUCAGCAACAGGAGCACAGACACUCCUCUGCUGGACGCCCACGAGCCCACGGAGCCCGGGGAAUAA